CCGAUGGUGUACAAGCAAAACAUAAACAUUAGGCAGAAGAUAAUACAGAGUGGAACCCAAUUCUGGAUACAUCCAGUUCUGAAGAUCUGUCAGAUGUAGCUGCUUCUGUUGGUUGAUCUCUUAUCAGUCUUAUGCUUGCCAUGUAGCUCACUUCUGCUUGAAGCGUUCAUUCAAUUUCUAUACCAUGAAAUUCAUUAAUCUAUCCACACCCUGAUAGUUUGCACAAAAGAAAGACGGCAGAAAAGUAGUUGUAUUGUUUAUGGAUCCAGCGUCUUCCAUAUAUUAUCUUGAUAUAAGCUGGAAUGGGAUAGCGAGAAAAAGGCCACAAAAAGAUUGUGUACUUUGUCACAUUGUUCAUAUAUGAUGUUGCAAGGGAUAUCGUUGGUAUUACAAUCUUCAUUGGCGUCGGUCUCUUUCAGGCAAAUGAAGUCAUGAAAGCAAAUAACUUGUCUGAUGUCGUUGUUGUAUUGCAUGGGCGAGUUGAGGUGUUGAUCCAAUUAUGAGCCAACAAGGGUAAUAGGCGAAGCUGCAGAACAUGAAAAACACUUGUCCGUGCUUCCCAUUGAAAUCAUGAAUAUGCGAGUAAGGAACCUCAAAAUCAAAUGUCUUACAUGCAACUGUCUCAGAAGUUUUACGAUGCUUUCAAGCUGUGUGGGUCCCCACCCAUUGCUCGCAAACUUCAUGCCCAACUCAUACUCUCCGGUUUGGACGCUUCCCUUUUCUUACUCAACAAUCUAUUGCACAUGUACUCCAACUGCGGCAUGGUAGACGAUGCUUUUCGUGUUUUCCGCGAGGCCAACCAUGCCAAUAUCUUCACUUGGAACACCAUGCUCCAUGCCUUUUUUGAUUCGGGUCGAAUGAGGGAAGCAGAGAACUUGUUUGAUGAAAUGCCCCAUAUAGUGAGAGACUCCGUUUCAUGGACCACCAUGAUAUCCGGCUAUUGUCAAAACGGCCUCCCUGCUCAUAGCAUCAAAACUUUUAUGUCAAUGCUCCGGGACUCCAAUCAUGACAUUCAAAACUGUGACCCCUUUUCCUAUACUUGUACUAUGAAGGCUUGUGGCUGCCUUGCCUCCACUCGGUUUGCUCUUCAGUUGCAUGCCCAUGUCAUCAAGUUACAUUUGGGAGCCCAAACCUGCAUUCAGAACUCCCUUGUUGAUAUGUAUAUUAAGUGUGGAGCAAUCACUUUGGCUGAGACUGUUUUCCUUAACAUUGAAAGCCCAAGUUUGUUCUGUUGGAACAGUAUGAUUUAUGGAUAUUCUCAAUUAUAUGGACCCUAUGAAGCUCUCCAUGUGUUCACCCGAAUGCCUGAACGUGACCAUGUUUCUUGGAACACGCUGAUCUCAGUGUUCUCUCAAUACGGCCAUGGGAUCCGCUGUCUUAGUACGUUUGUGGAGAUGUGCAAUCUGGGGUUUAAGCCCAAUUUCAUGACUUAUGGCAGUGUACUCAGUGCAUGUGCCAGCAUUUCUGAUCUGAAAUGGGGUGCCCAUUUGCAUGCUCGGAUUCUUCGCAUGGAACAUAGCCUGGAUGCGUUUUUGGGAAGUGGUCUCAUAGACAUGUAUGCCAAAUGUGGAUGCUUAGCACUGGCGAGGCGUGUGUUUAACAGUUUAGGGGAACAGAAUCAAGUUUCUUGGACUUGCUUGAUUUCAGGGGUUGCACAGUUUGGACUUCGUGAUGAUGCUUUGGCACUAUUUAACCAAAUGAGGCAGGCUUCUGUGGUGUUGGAUGAAUUCACCCUUGCGACAAUUCUUGGGGUUUGUUCAGGUCAAAAUUAUGCUGCCACUGGGGAACUACUUCAUGGAUAUGCAAUCAAAAGUGGGAUGGAUUCCUUUGUUCCUGUGGGGAAUGCAAUCAUUACAAUGUAUGCAAGGUGUGGUGAUACUGAGAAAGCUAGUCUUGCAUUUAGAUCAAUGCCACUAAGAGAUACCAUAUCAUGGACGGCCAUGAUCACUGCAUUCUCUCAGAAUGGAGAUAUUGACAGGGCCCGCCAAUGUUUUGAUAUGAUGCCUGAGCGUAAUGUCAUAACUUGGAACUCCAUGUUAAGCACAUAUAUUCAACAUGGCUUCUCGGAAGAAGGGAUGAAGUUGUAUGUUUUGAUGAGAAGCAAAGCAGUCAAACCGGAUUGGGUCACUUUUGCAACAUCUAUCCGGGCCUGUGCUGAUUUGGCUACUAUAAAACUUGGGACACAAGUCGUAUCUCAUGUGACAAAGUUUGGACUUAGUUCAGAUGUUUCAGUUGCAAACAGUAUUGUCACCAUGUAUUCAAGAUGUGGACAAAUCAAAGAAGCACGAAAAGUUUUUGACUCAAUACAUGUGAAAAACCUGAUUUCCUGGAAUGCCAUGAUGGCAGCAUUUGCUCAAAAUGGUUUAGGCAAUAAAGCAAUUGAAACAUAUGAGGAUAUGUUGAGGACAGAAUGCAAACCUGACCAUAUAAGCUAUGUUGCUGUUUUAUCUGGUUGCAGCCACAUGGGGCUUGUAGUUGAAGGGAAAAAUUAUUUUGAUUCCAUGACUCAAGUGUUUGGCAUUUCUCCAACAAAUGAGCACUUUGCUUGUAUGGUAGAUCUGCUUGGCCGAGCAGGGUUACUAGACCAGGCCAAGAAUUUAAUAGACGGAAUGCCUUUUAAGCCAAAUGCCACUGUUUGGGGUGCUCUACUAGGAGCAUGCCGAAUUCAUCAUGAUUCAAUACUAGCAGAAACUGCCGCAAAGAAGUUGAUGGAAUUAAAUGUUGAAGAUUCUGGAGGUUAUGUUCUUCUAGCAAAUAUAUAUGCAGAGUCUGGGGAACUAGAAAAUGUUGCUGAUAUGAGAAAGUUAAUGAAAGUGAAAGGAAUUCGAAAGAGUCCAGGUUGUAGCUGGAUAGAGGUUGAUAACAGGGUACAUGUGUUUACUGUAGAUGAAACCAGUCAUCCACAGAUAAACGAGGUUUAUGUAAAACUGGAGGAGAUGAUGAAGAAGAUAGAAGAUACAGGAAGAUACGUUAGUAUCGUCUCUUGUGCCCAUAGGAGUCAGAAAUACCAUAGUGAAAAGCUCGCUUUUGCUUUUGGGUUGCUUAGUUUGCCACCUUGGAUGCCUAUACAAGUAACGAAGAAUCUCCGCGUCUGCAAUGAUUGUCACUUGGUAAUAAAGUUGUUGUCCUUGGUCACCUCAAGGGAACUUAUCAUGAGAGAUGGAUUUCGAUUUCAUCAUUUCAAGGAUGGGUUUUGCUCCUGUCGAGACUACUGGUAAAAUAUAUUGAUAGUUAUUCUGUUACCAUCCAAGAGUUAGAAUCUAUAACAGCCAAAUUUAAGUUCAAUUCUAUGAUGCGAGCACCAUUACAUGGUUUUGCAUUUUGGUUUGACGUUGAAUUUAAUGGGCAUGCAAUAUCAUCAACCAAUUAUCAAUCAAUUACUUCAUUUGUUGACAAUCAUCAGAUGAAUGGUAAUCAGAGAAAAAGGCAAACAAACCCAAAUGAAGCACUGGUCUUGUCCACUGCGCCUGAGGACCCUCCAACACAUUGGCAGCAGCUGCAGUAUUUAUUUUUCCAAUUUUCAGUUUAAAUAUAUGGUUCUAGUUUUUUUGUUCAAUAUGAACUGGGGGUGGACCUUGAACAAUGUUCCCAUCUAUUCCCGUUAGAGAUGUAAACACAAUACCCAAAGCUUAAGCUUUUGGAAUAUAGUUAGUUAGGUUUUUAUUAUUAUGCUUAUUUUAACUGCUGGAAUAUUAUGUUCAAAAUUACAUUUCUUUUAUUAUUUUGGUGUCUUGAUCUUAUUGAUGUAUUUUGCAGACAUUGAUGUACUUUUAUAACCCUAUAGAGCUGGAACAAGAUCAACUAAUUGAAGGUUCAGUGACAUUGUGACAAAGCAAAGAAAAUGCUCGAUUUAUGAAUAUUCACCUCGAAUAUACUUCAGGUGGUCGAUCGUAUGUGAAAGAGUCUGUUAUGAGAUGAUGAUCUUUUCACUUGUACAACAUCCUCAGACUGCAGCUUAUAUCUUUUCUGACUUCGUUUCUCCUAUAGAAUUGAGGUAGCAGUUUGGUUCUUGAGAAUCACUAAUCUCUGCUUGCUAGAUUAGAACGGAGCAACUGACGAACGUUAGCAUAGAGUUAGGUAAAUCACAUGAAACUUUGUUGUAAUUUAUUUGAUACCAAAUACAUCAUUGAGGUGAAUUAUUUAUGUCAUAAUUUGUCCUUUCUAAAGCCUUUAUUGUGGGGACGACUCGUUUCAAUUUUUUCUUGGAGUCUUACUGUAACAUAGGAGCUGUUUUGAACCA